AUGUCAAAACUUUCGGCACUGAAAGAUCGAAUCGUCGGUCUGCCCUCCAAGGUUUCGGGUGCCGAAAAGCAAAGCGGACAAUACUUACGUCUAUUACUCUCAAGUGAUCCAGAGCCGCUCGAUUAUGUUCUUCUUGUGGUUGGAUUCAUCACCUCGAUCGCUUCUGGGGUUCCAUUCCCCCUACUAGGUAUCUUAUUUGGCCAACUGGUAGACGACCUCAAUUCAACAUCUUGUAGUACUUCCUCGACUAGUUCAGCGUCACUUACAGAUAGCGUUGUGACCAAAGUGUUGGAUGUCAUUUACGUGACCAUCGCGAAUUUCUGUUUGAUCUAUAUUCAUACUGGAUGUUGGAGUCUUCUCGGUGAGCGUCUUGUUAGACGCCUGCGAAUGAGAUAUCUAGAUGUCCUUCUACGUCAAGAAGUCGCAUUUUUCGAUACAUUGCCAUCUGGUGAAGUAGCCUCCCGCCUCGAUGUCGAUCUUCAAACCAUUCAAACAGGAACUUCCGAGAAAGUCGGAAUCUUCAUUGCCAGUAUCUCCUACUUUGUCGCCUCAUAUAUCGUUUCUUUCAUCAAGAGCGCAAAACUGGCAGGUAUGCUCAUAUCUUUGGUUCCAGCCUAUCUUUUGAUGGCAUUGGUGGGAGGACACUUCACUCAAAAGUAUGCAAGCCGAAUGUCAGACCACGUGGCAGCAGCGACAGCUAUUGCUUCCGCGGGACUAUCUAACAUGUCUUUGGUCCAAGCUAUGGGUGCCAGUUCUCGCUUGGAAGCUGUAUAUGCUCGCCACAUUGGUGCGGCACAAAGAGAGGGAAUCAUGAAAGCUAUUGUCGCAUCCGUCCAGCUUGGUUGUUUGUACUUCAUUGCUUACUCUGCCAAUGCUCUUGCUUUCUGGCAAGGAAGUAGAGAAAUUGCUGCCUCUGUUGACAGUGGUUCCGGAACCACAGUAGGAGCUGUAUACACCGUCAUCUUCCUCCUUGUUGACUCAUCUUUCAUUGUCAGUCAAAUCGCUCCUUUCAUGCAAAUAUUUGCCGCAGCUAGUAGCGCAUUCAUCAAGUUGGUCGCGACCAUCAAUAAGCCCUCCUUGAUCGAUGGAACAACCACAACGGAAGGCCAAACCUUCACUACAAUCCCAGGAGAUCUGGAAUUCAAGGAUGUGGAGUUUGCAUACCCAUCGCGACCUGAGGUGGUGGUUCUUAAGUCAUUCAGCUUGAGAAUCCCAACCAACAAACACACUGCACUUGUCGGUCUCUCUGGUAGCGGAAAGUCCACUGUCGCAGCUUUAGUCCAACGCCUUUACAACCCUAUUCGCGGUGAUGUUUUCAUUGGUGAACACAACAUGAAGACCAUCAAUGUCAAGUGUGCGAGAAGUUUCAUUGGAACUGUCGCUCAAAAUUCGACACUUCUCGAUCGAUCAAUUCUCGAAAACAUCGCCUAUGGUUUAGUCAAUUCACCACUUCCAGAACAUAUUGAGCUCAGAGAGACGCUAUUAGACUCAAGCUUACCAGAUCUUGCUCACGCUAUCCGUGAAGGUGCCAAUCCUGAAGAGGCCCUCGCCGCUAGUUCAGCCAACGUUCAAACAAUUGUUAGACUUGUGAGAGAAGCAGCGACUGAAGCUGAUGCUCUUGGAUUUAUUGAUCGAUUGCAAUACGGCAUGUCUACAGAAGCUGGUCCUGGAGGCAAUCGACUCAGUGGUGGUCAAAAACAACGUGUUGCAUUAGCCCGUGCUAUUGUUCGCCGCCCAUCUAUCUUACUCCUCGACGAAGCUACCGCAUCUCUGGAUUCGGCCAGUGAGCAUUUAAUUCAAAUGGCAUUGGAACGAGUUAGUGAAGGAAGAACCACCAUCUCUAUUGCCCACAGACUGUCAACAAUCAAGAACGCAGAUAACAUUGUGGUCAUGAGUCAGGGUGAGAUUCUUGAGCAGGGCACAUACACUGAUUUACUUGCUCGAGACGGCGCUUUUGCAAACCUUGUCCGACUUCAGACACUUGCUUCUUCUGACGAACCAAUAUCUGAGAUUCAAACCGAGGAUGCCAAUGAAGAUGAAGAGUAUUUGCAAGAAAAGAUUGAUAAUACUGAAUUCGCAAAGGUCAAGUCAUUGGACAAUACCGGCAAAUCUACGCCAGUUGCUGAAAACAGCGAUUCUGGCGAAACACUCGCGCCCAAGAAUGAUAAGACUGCAACUAAAGGCCGAUCAUUCCUCUCUACGUUCUUCGGUAUUAUGUCGAUGGCUAGACCUCAUUUACUGUUUGUUUUCUUGGGCAUUGCCGGCGCUGUUGUAGUUGGCGGCUCAUAUUCUGGAGAAGCUGUAAUUUUCGGCCAUACAGUCAGCAGUUUAAGUCCAUGUCUCAGCCCAGCAAGCAUCCGUAGUAACGGAAGUUUGUAUGGAUUGUUGUUCUUCUUUUUGGCUUUGGCUGAAUUUUUCGCCAACGUCAUCAGCGCAUCUUCUUUCGGUCGUGUUUCUGAGAAGCUCCUAUAUCGUGUCCGUGUUUUGGCGCUCAAGUCUCUUUUCGCACAAGACAUUCAAUGGCAUGAAUCUGAAAAUAGAAGCCCUGGUACACUUAUUUCUUAUAUCAGCGCUGAUGCGAACGCAUUGAGUGGUAUUACUGGAACCCUUCUCGGAGUUAUGCUGUCGAUUAUCGUUUCCAUGGUCUCUGGAAUCAUCCUCGCACACGCCGUUGCGUGGAGAAUCGCCGUUGUAUUGCUUGCCACUAUCCCCGUCCUACUUUCAUCUGGUUUCUUGAGAUUGAAAAUUCUCGCAAAGUUCCACGAAAGGCACGCAAAGGCUUUCUCUAACUCCGUCGCUAUUGCUACCGAGGCUGUUUCGGCCAUCAAGACCGUUGCAAUCUUUUCACUCGAAGAAGAAACUGUCCAGGUUUUCAAUAGAUCGCUGAAAGCUCCUUAUACUGCAACACUAAAGACAAUUGCAUACGGAAAUUUCUGGCUCGCCAUGGCUUACAGUAUGAGCAACUUCGUCUACGCACUAGCAUAUUGGUGGGGAGCUCGAAAUGUUGCAGAAGGACGUUACAACCAACAGCAAUUCUUCACAGUCCUACCUGCUCUUCUGUUUAGUGCCCAACUAUGUGGACAAAUGUUCUCCCUCGCUCCUGAUAUUUCUAAAGCCGGCGUGUCCGCUGCACGAGUUCUUGAUUUGAUAGAUAUCGGUCCUGAGAAUCUCCUCGAAUCUAAGAACAGCCGAGCAACAAAUGAUCCAGAAGCAUCUCAAGGAAUGAUUGAGAAACAACCCAUCAGAUCAGGUGGUCUUGCUGUACGCUUCAACAAUGUUCGUUUCCCCUACCCCGCUCGUCCGGAUAUCGAAGUUCUCAAAGGUCUCACCAUCAACAUUACUCCCGGUACAUUCUGCGCGCUUGUUGGUCGUUCUGGAGCCGGAAAAUCAACCAUCAUUGCCCUCCUUGAGCGUUUCUACUCUCCAGCAUCCGGCAGUGUCGAAAUUGACGGUCAAGACAUUUCAAAGAUUGACGGCGUCGCGUUCCGCGAUGACAUUGCACUCGUUCCCCAGGAAAGUGUUCUUUUUGACGGCACCGUCCGCUUUAAUCUCGAACUUGGCGCUCGUAUCGGACAUACCCCAACCAUGGAAGAGAUCGAAUCUGCAUGCAAAUUGGCAAACAUCCACGAUACCAUUGUUUCUCUUCCCGAGGGAUACGAAACCCCUUGUGGUUCCAAUGGUGGACAAUUUUCGGGCGGUCAAUUACAACGUCUCUCUAUUGCUCGUGCAUUACUCAGAAAGCCACGCUUACUACUUCUUGAUGAGUCGACUUCGGCUCUUGAUGCUGAGUCUGAGAAGUUGUUUGAACAGGCUCUGGAAAAGACGGCAAAGGGCGUUACUGUCAUCGCCAUUGCGCAUAGAUUGAGAACCAUCAAGAAGGCGUCGACAAUUUUCGCAAUUGACGGCGGUAUCUGCGUGGACCAAGGAAGUCACGACGAAUUGGUGGCCCGAAAUGAAGAGUAUAGAGCUAAUGCUUCCUUCCAGACAUUGUGA